CACCUACGAAAGCCGCCAUUUGAUUCGUCGCCAUUCAAUUUGCUCUUCUCCUGCCUCCUCCAAUUCGUCCGCCCGACCUAUUUGGCCUUGGUCAUGUCCAACCCCGGCCAAUACACGCUAGUCUGUGAGCAGAACCCGAUGAUGUCGGAUUCAGAGAGAGGAGCUCCGAAGGUUUCGAAGGCGUGGUGGAUUUUCUGCUCAUCGCGAUUGUGGACGAGGAGGGAGCCGGGGGCGACGGCAACAACAGGAAGAGGAAGCUCUGAUCGGCGCAUUGGAUCUCCGUCAAAUCCGGCUAAAGAGGUGCGCACGGAGGUUUCCGUCGCGCUUCCAGAUCUUGGAUUUAUCGGAAAGCGUGAUGCGGCCGACGAAGGGGAUGACGGAGCUCUCGAAGUCGAAGGCGGAGUGCCUCCACCAGGCGAGGGAGCCUCCUAUGCCAUUUCGCCCAGGCAGAGUGUAUAAAUCUAUACAGACUGAAAUCUAUUGAACAUAUAGUUUCUCUCUUGGUUUGAUUACAGGAGAAUUAAGUUAACGGUCUAGUCAUCACUUCUGUUUGCCACUUCAUCAAAAACUUGACGGCGUUAACGGACUCUAACGGAGACUAACGGCUUGGGAAAAAAUCCCAGAAUACACUAGUUAGUAAAAAAAUUCCCAAAAUACAGGACUUAUGAAAAU